GUCUCUCUCUGACAGAUGUUUUUGCACGUUUUUUGUUUUGUUCUCAUCGUAAUGAACUUCAUAAUGAAGUUUAAACAUAAUAAUACAUGAUGAAAUGUAAACAGUACAAAAAAUAACUUUAUAUAAAAUAUAAAAAUUAGACAAAUUACUAGAAAAUUAAUAAAAAAAAAAAAAUAAUAUCUAAUAAAACUACAAAAUGCUGGCUCCCAUUAAACACCUAUUAAAUAACAAACGUAUAAUUUUAGCCAGUGGUUCUCCCCGGAGGCAGGAAUUAGUAAAAGCUUUGGGCCUCAAUGCUGAACUAAUACCCUCUACAUUUGAGGAAAACCUUAAUCCUGCCGAUUUUAAAGAUUUUUCCCAAUUCAUAGAAGCCACCGCUUUGGGUAAGGCUGAAGAGGUAUAUAAUCGCCUAAAGAAUGGUGAUAAUCCGGAAGAACUUUUGGUUAUAGCGGCUGAUACUAUGGUUACUAUGGGUUCGGAAAUUUAUGGUAAACCAUCAAAUCCUCAGGAGGCUGUAAAAAUGUUAACAAAUCUCUCGGGUAAAUGCAAUCGUGUUUUCACCGGUGUGGUUUUAAAACAUUCUCAAGGUAUACGUUCCUUUACCGAAACUGCCUAUGUUUAUUUUGGUCAUCUAACGCCCGAACAAAUACAAGAUUAUGUGGAUUCGGGAGAUCCAUUAGACAAGGCUGGCGCCUAUGGUAUUAAUGGCCCUGGUGGUGCUUUAAUAUCGCGCAUUGAUGGUGAUUUCUAUUGUGUUAUGGGUUUACCUAUGCAUCGCCUGUGCUGUGAACUAAAUAAAGUAUUUCUGGGACAAGAGUAAAUAAUUGCUUUGUUAGAUUAUGUUUAUAAAAAUAGUGUUUUUAAUGUUCGACAUCAGGCUUUAACCAAUGUUAUAGCCAGAGGCUGGAAUUGUUUUCCUUUUUAAAUAAAUAAAAAAAUAUUUAAGGCGAA